CAAAAAGUUAGUGAGUAAGAGUAAACGAACCAACGAAAGUUUACUUCCAGCAAAGCAGCAAAAGUAUACAAAAUAAAAAAAAAUAAUAAAUACACAUCAUUACUACACAACAGUAUUUCACCACAAUUUUCCUUUUGGAUUUAAUAAAACUACAUCAAACAGUACGUUGUCAAACGGCUAACAGAGCAGACGUUCUCCUUCAAACCAACAAUAAAAACAAAGUGAAUUAAUUUUUUUUUGGAAAAAAAAAAAUCAAAUAUAAAAAAUGGCCACCGUUAAAGAAAAUCUCAUGAACCAAGUUGCCGAAGUCUUGCCCUCGGGUGGCAAUAAGGUAACCAUUGUUGGUAUCGGUCAAGUCGGUAUGGCUUGCGCUUUCAGUAUUUUGGCCCAAAACAUCUCCAGCGAAGUUUGCCUCAUGGACGUCUGCAAAGAUAAGUUGAUGGGAGAAAUGAUGGAUUUGCAACACGGUUCCAAUUUCUUGAAGAAUCCCAAAAUCACCGCCAGUACCGAUUAUGCCGAUUCGGCCAACUCAAGAUUGUGCAUUGUCACCGCUGGCGUCAGACAAAAGGAGGGCGAAUCUCGUUUGUCGUUGGUACAACGUAACACUGAUAUCUUGAAGCACAUCAUUCCCAAAUUGGUGGAAAACAGUCCUGAUACCAUUUUGUUGAUGGUCUCCAACCCAGUUGAUAUCAUGACCUAUGUUGCCUGGAAAUUGUCUGGUUUACCCAAGAAUCGUGUUAUUGGUAGUGGUACCAAUUUGGAUUCUUCUCGUUUCCGUUUCUUGAUGUCUCAACGUUUGGGUGUUGCCCCCACCUCUUGCCACGGCUGGAUUAUUGGUGAACAUGGUGACAGUUCUGUGCCAGUAUGGUCUGGUGUUAACAUUGCUGGUGUUCGUUUGCGUGAAUUGAAUCCCAACAUUGGCUCCAGCGAAGAUCCCGAGAAAUGGAAUGAGGUACACAAGCAAGUCGUAGACUCUGCCUAUGAAGUCAUUAAGCUAAAGGGUUAUACUUCCUGGGCUAUUGGUCUCAGUACUGCUGCUUUAACCUCGGCUAUCUUGAGAAAUACUAGCGCUAUUGUUGCUGUAUCCACCUCGGUUAUGGGUGAACAUGGCAUCGACAAGGAUGUCUUCCUUUCUCUACCCUGUGCUUUGAACGCCAACGGUGUUACCCAUGUUGUCAAGCAAAUCUUGACCCAAACCGAAAUUGAACAAUUGCAAAAAUCCGCCAAUAUUAUGGCUGAAGUACAAGCUGGUCUUAAAUUCUAAGUUAAUCACAAAACCCUCCUAGUAAAUUAGAAA